AUGCCGCCGCUCCUCAAAAGCUUCCCGCGGUGGCACCGAUUCCUCUUCGUCGUUCCGGUGCUGGCCUUGCUCGUCUGGGCUCUUCUGCCGUCUUCUAGGUUGAAUUCCUCAAAAACACUCUUUCACUCUGGCGGAGGCUCAUCAGGACGAUCUAGCGAUAACAUCUUGCGAUAUAUUGAUCCUCUCAUUGGCACGGUGAAUGGAGGCCAUGUUUUUCCUGGCGCGACUCUGCCAUACGGCAUGGCGAAAGCUGUAGCGGAUGUGGAUAACCGUGCUGAAGCAGCAGCUGGAUUUGUCUCGGACGAGUCCAGGAUCCAAGGCUUCUCACAGCUGCACGAUUCAGGAACUGGAGGAAGCCCUUCGUUAGGCAACUUCCCCCUCUUCGCACACCCAGGAUGUCCCGAGGACGACUUCCAUCAAUGCAAAUACACAGUCGUAGACAGGCCCGUGCGGAGGAUAAAAAACUCCGCGACGGCACGGCCGGGGUACUUCGCCAUCGGCCUCAACAACUCCGUCUACGCCGAGAUGACCGCAGCAGAGCACGCCACGCUAUACAGAUUCAGCUUCCCUAAAGACGAAGAGGUGCAAUCGCACGGAGUGAUGGUCCCUUCCAGCCCCCUGAUUCUCAUGGAUCUGACCGACCUAGGCAACUCCCGAACCGGGGGCGACAUCGAGGUGGACCGGGAAACGGGAAGGAUCAUGGGGAACGGCUCGUUUUCGCCUUCGUUUGGAACCGGGGUCUACACAGCGCACUUCUGCGCUGAUUUCCUCGGGGCUGAUAUCCGGAAGACGGGCGUGUUCCUGCACGAUAACAUCACGGACGAGUGGGCUUCGAUCGGCAAUAUAGGGAGCAACUUCUAUAUCCCGUCCGGCUCCGCAGGCGCCUGGAUCCACUUCGCCCGGCCGCCUAAUAACCAGAUCAUGGCGCGCGUUGGGCUCUCCUUCAUCUCCGUCGCGCAAGCCUGCCGCAACGCCGAGGGCGAGAUCCCCGACUUCAACUUCGACGAGGUGGUGCGCGCGAGCGAAAGGGCCUGGAAGGAGAAGCUAUCCGUCAUCAAGCCCUCCUACGCGGGGCUCAGCCACGAGUCCCUCACCACGUUCUGGUCAGGGUUGUACCGCGCGCUCAUCUCGCCGCAGGAUUACACUGGGGAGAACCCGCUCUGGGACUCGAAGGAGCCGUACUACGACUCGUUCUACUGCAUCUGGGACUCGUUCCGCGCCCAGCACCCGCUGCUGACCAUUGUGGACCCCGCGGUGCAGACGAAGAUGGUGCGGUCGCUGAUUGACAUAUACAAGAACGAGGGCAAGCUGCCGGACUGUCGCAUGAGCUUCAGCAAGGGGUACACGCAGGGUGGCUCCAAUGCGGAUGUGGUGCUUGCCGACGCCUUCGUCAAGAAUCUAACGGACGGCAUAGAUUGGAACCUCGGGUACGAGGCCGUGGUUUCCGAUGCCGAGGUCGAGCCCAAGGACUGGUCGACGACGGGCCGCGGGGGUUUGGUGAGCUGGCAUAACCUGGGCUACAUACCGUACGACGAUAACGACCGCAACGGCACGGGCCCCAUGAGCCGAGGGAUCUCGCGGACGGUGGAGUACGCGUACGACGACUUCGCGAUCGCGCUGAUGGCGCGGGGGCUAGGCCACAAAAGCGACGAGGCCAAGUACCUGCAGCGCAGCGGCAACUGGAAGAACCUGUUCAACCCGGACCAGGACGACCGGUACCGGGACGACGACGGCGCGGUGCACAUGUCGGAGUUCAAGGGGUUCAUGCAGCCGCGCUUCCGCAACGGCACGUGGCGGUACCAGAACACGCGCCUCUGCAGCCCCGUCUACCAGCAGCACAGCUGCUACUUCGACACGCAGUACGACACGUACGAGGGCAGCCCCUGGCUGUACACCUUCUACGUGCCGCAGGACAUGGCGUCGCUCGUCUCCGCGCUCGGCGGCCGCGACACCUUCAACGCCCGCCUCGACUUCUUCCACUCCUCCCGCAUCAACUACAUGGGCAACGAGCCCAACUUCCUCACCACCUUCCAGUUCCACUACGGCGGCCGCCCCGGCAGAAGCAACUACUGGGUCCACCAGUACAUACCGGGCCAGUUCAACGCCUCCGUCAACGGCAUCCCCGGCAACGACGACUGCGCCAUGGGCGCCUUCACCGCCUUCGCGUACAUGGGGUUCUACCCCGUCGCCGGCCAGGACGUCUACCUGCUCACCGCGCCCAUGUUCAAGGAGGUGAGUCUGCAGACGCCGAGCGGGAAGCUCGCGACGCUGCGGAACGUGCGCGGCUUUGACGCGCCGCGGUACCGGAACAUAUACGUGCAGAGCGUCAAGAUGGACGGGGUGGCGUAUAACCGCAGCUGGAUCACGCACGAGUUCUUUGUCAAGGGGGGCACGCUGGAGUUUGUGCUGGGGGAGGAGGAGAGUAGCUGGGGCACGAGGGAGGAGGAUCUGCCGCCGAGCUUGUCGACGGGCAUGUUGGAUUGA